AUGUUUACCCUAGUAAUACUGUAUACCCUUGUAUACCCCCUAUAUAUCUUGUGUACCCAUGUUUACCCUAGUAAUACUGUAUACCCUUGUAUACCCCUAUAUAUCUUGUGUACCCAUGUUUACCCUAGUAAUACUGUAUACCCUUGUAUACCCCUAUAUAUCUUGUGUACCCAUGUUUACCCUAGUAAUACUGUAUACCUUGUAUACCCCUAUAUAUCUUGUGUGCCCAUGUUUACCUAGUAAUUAAUACUGUAUACUGUAUACCCUAUAUAUCUUGUGUACCCAUGUUUACCCUAGUAAUUAUAUAUCUUGUUGUAUACCCCCUAUAUAUAUCUUGUAAUGCAUACCCAUGUUUACCCUAGUAAUACUGUAUACCCAUGUAUACCCCUAUGUAUCCCUUAUAUAUCUUAUGUACCCAUGUUUACCCUAGUAAUACUGUAUACCUUGUAUAUACCACUAUAUAUAUUGUGUACCCAUGUUUACCCUAGUAAUACUGUAUACCUUGUAUACCACUAUAUAUCUUGCGUACCCAUGUUUACCCUACUAAUACUGUAUACUCUUGUAUACCCCACUAUAUAUCUUGUGUACCCAUGUUUACCCUAGUAAUACUGUAUACCCUGUAUACCCCUAUAUAUCUUGUGUACCCAUGUUUACCCUAGUAAUACUGUAUACCCUUGUAUACCCUUAUAUAUCUUGUGUACCCAUGUUUACCCUAGUAAUACUGUAUACCCAUGUUUACCCUAGUAAUACUGUUACCCUGUUUAUAGUAAUACUGUUGCCCUAUAUAUCUCGUGUACCCAUGUUUACCCUAGUAAUACUGUAUACCCUUGUAUACCCCCUAUAUAUCUUGUGUACCCAUGUUUACCCUAGUAAUACUGUAUACCUUGUAUACCCCUAUAUAUCUUGUGUACCCAUGUUUACCCUAGUAAUUAAUACUGUAUACCCUUGUAUACCCCUAUAUAUCUUGUGUACCCAUGUUUACCCUAGUAAUACUGUAUACCUUGUAUACCCCUAUAUAUCUUGUGUACCCAUGUUUACCCUAGUAAUACUGUAUACCUUGUAUACCCCUAUAUAUCUUGUGUACCCAUGUUUACCCUAGUAAUACUGUAUACCUUGUAUACCACUAUAUGUCUUGUGUACCCAUGUUUACCCUAGUAAUACUGUAUACCCUUGUAUAUCCUUAUAUAUCUUGUGUACCCAUGUUUACCCUAGUAAUACUGUAUACCUUGUAUAUACCACUAUAUAUCUUGUGUACCCAUGUUUACCCUAGUAAUACUGUAUACCUUGUAUACCACUAUAUAUCUUGCGUACCCAUGUUUACCCUAGCAAUACUGUAUACCCUUGUAUACCACUAUAUAUCUUGUGUACCCAUGUUUACCCUAGUAAUACUGUAUACCUUGUAUACCCCUAUAUAUCUUGUGUACCCAUGUUUACCCUAG